GGAGACCAGAAGCGGGAACGCCAUCUUCAGUCCCUAGGGGCGGGGCGACCUGGUGGGCGGGCCCUGCACUGUUCAUCCCCGGGAGGCGGGGUAACUAAUGCCGAUAUCAGGCUAAGGGGUGUGUGUGGCCCAGGCCUGUUUGAGCAGCAGCCGUUCAUGCGUGGUGCACUGUGAACUCCUGUGAUAAUUAGCCGACAGCAGCUUUAUCUGUACAACCUCAUACCAUAAGACGGAAAAUGGCCUGUGCUGAGUGUCCUUUUCAUGUGCCAAGCCUAGAGGAGCUUGCUGGAGUUAUGCAGAAGGGGCUAAAAGAUAACUUCGCUGAUGUCCAGGUCUCUGUAGUUGAUUGCCCUGAUAUGACUAAGGAACCAUUUGCCUUUCCAGUGAAAGGCAUCUGUGGGAAAACUAGAAUUGCAGAAGUAGGAGGUGUGCCUUACUUAAUGCCUCUUGUAAACAGAAAAAAAGUUUAUGAUCUGAAUAAGAUUGCAAAAGAAAUCAAACUGCCUGGAGCAUUUAUUCUUGGGGCGGGUGCAGGCCCACUUCAGACUCUUGGGUUCAAUUCUGAGUUUAUGCCAAUUAUUCAAACAGAAAGUGAACACGGACCUGGUGUGAAUGGAAGUUACUUUGCUUGUAUUAACCCUGCAGAUGGAGGGUGCCUACUACAGAAAUACAGUGAGAAGUAUCAUGAUUUUGGGUGUGCAUUACUGGCUAAUCUUUUUGCCAGUGAGGGCAAACCUGGCAAGGUCAUUGAGGUAAAAGCCAAAAGAAGAACUGGACCACUUAACUUUGUGACUUGCAUGAGACAGACUCUGGAAAAACAUUAUGGAGAUAAGCCUGUAGGAAUGGGAGGUACUUUCAUUAUUCAGAAGGGAAAAGUAAAGGCUCACAUUAUGCCAGGAGAAUUUUCUUCCUGCCCACUGAACUCUGAUGAAGAUGUGAAUAACUGGUUGCAUUUUUAUGAGAUGAAGGCUCCUUUGGUCUGUCUACCAGUUUUUGUCUCCAGAGAUCCAGGCUUUGAUUUACGACUGGAGCACACUCAUUUUUUCAGUAAUCAUGGAGAAGGUGGACACUACCAUUAUGACACCACCCCUGACAUAGUGGAAUAUCUGGGAUACUUCUUACCUGCAGAGUUUCUCUAUCGCAUCGAUCAGCCAGAAGAGACCCAUUCUAUUGGGCGAGAUUAAAUCAGCUGAUCUCAUUUGGAAAGAGCGUAGUUAACUAAGGUUAAUUAACUAACUCAUUAACUGAUACUAACUUAAAUUCCAAUAGAAAUGACCUUACUACUUAAACCCUAUUUUUCUUGGCCUUUACAAUGAAGAGGAAUAUUGACAAUGCAGUUUGAAUUACUUCAUAGAUCUGUCAGAAAAAGAUUAUUGGGAGCAAUGAUACAUAAUUGAAAUCUUUUUUGCAUAUAUACAUUUACUGAACCAACUUCAUUUUUCUACUGGUAUGACAGUAAGAAAAUCUGUUUCGUUUAUGCCUCAUAUAUAAAUGUGAUCAAUAAUCAUCUAAUUAUUCCUACUAUUUAACAGUAAUAAUUUGCAUUGACAUAACAUUAUUACAAUUUUCAGUCUCAAUAACUAAAUGGAUAUUUCUGGAUAUUAGAAAAAAUCAUUCUUUAGAAAUGUUGAUAGUACUGAUUUUAAAAAUCUGUUCUAGAAAUCAGAAUAUUGCUUCUUCAAGGAGCAAGAUAGGCAGGGGAGCCCUUCUUCCUUCUGGGGAAGUUAAGCUCUACCUGGAAGUUGGCAGUUUGCCUUUCACAAACAUCAGCAAAUAGUUAGCCAUGAUUCUUCCUGUUAUUGGAUUGUCCCCGGAAACACUUUAUACCUUGUUGGUCAUUUGCAAGAAGAGAAGAGAAAAAGCAUCAAAAGAUAACACUAAUGUGACCAUAUAAGGGACCUUCAAAUAGUUUGUGGAAAAUGCAUUUAAUAAAAACUAUGCAUAGAUUUCAAAAUUUUCAUACCAAAUAUCUUAAUUUCAUUUUCCACAAACUUUUUGAAGUUCCCUUGUACUUUAUAAGCAAGGCUGUUACUAAACAUUAUCAUUGUCUUUUGUGAAUACAAAAUUAUACUCUUUUACUGAUUAUAAUGGUUGAAAUUUUCCUCACUGUUCUUCUAUACAAAUUACUAGCUGUAAAUAAACUCUAAUGUUGCUAAUGCCAAUAAUGUGCAAAUUUACAAUCUCCUUAGUAAUAAGUAUAUAAUCUUCAAAGAUUUUUUUGCUUUGAAUAUUAGCUAUAACAUCUUAUGAAUAUAAAUGUCUACAUAUUAUUUUUUAAGUGAGCACUAUUUGAAGAAAAUAAAAAGAGUUAAAAGUUUAUGGAGCUGGCGCCGCGGCUCAAUAGGCUAAUCCUCCACCUUGCGGCGCUGGCACACCGGGUUCUAGUCCUGGUUGGGGCGCUGGAUUCUAUCCCGGUUGCCCCUCUUCCAGGCCAGCUCUCUGCUAUGGUCCGGGAAUGCAGUGGAGGAUGGCCCAAGUGCUUGGGCCCUGUACCCCAGGGGAGACAAGGAGAAGCACCUGGCUCCUGCCUUCGGAUCAGUGCAGUGCGCCGGCCACAGCGCGCCGGCCGCGGUGGCCAUUGGAGGGUGAACCAACGGCAAAGGAAGACCUUUCUCUCUGUCUCUCUCUCUCAUUGUCCACUCUGUCUGUCAAAAAAAAAAAAAAAAGUUUAUGGAGUGAGCAUUUAGCAAACCAGAUCAGUCACUACUUGGGAUGCCCACAUCCCAUAUAAGACAGCCUGGGUCAUGUCCUGGCUCUCCCAUUUUUGACCCAGCUCCCUGCUAAUGGGGGCAGCAGAUGAUAACUCAAGUAUUUAGGUCACAGUCACCCACAUGGGAGACCUGGAUUGGGUUUCUGGCCCCUGGCCUCAGCCUGGCCCAGCCUUGGCUAUUUUGUGCAUUUGGGGAGUGAACCAGUGGAUGGAAGAUCUUUCUCUCUCUCUCUGCCAUUCAAAUAAAGUGAAAAUAAAUAAAUAAAAUUUUAUAUUCAUAAUAUGUUAUGAUUUUUUAAUAGCUUACCUCCACACAAAAAUAACUUAGUAUUUGUUCAUUUAAAAAUAUAUAUCAGGGGCUGGCACUGUGGCAUAGUGGGUAAAGCUGCCACCUGCAGUGCUGGCAUCCCAUAUGGAUGCCAGUUCAAGUCCCAGCUGCUACACUUCUGAUCCAGCUCUCUGCUGUGGCCUGGGAAAGCAAUAUAAGAUGGCCCAAGUCCUUGUACUCUUGGCUCCUGGCUCCUGGCUUUGGAUAAGUGCAGCUCUGGCCCUUGUGGCCAACUGAGGAGUGAGCCAGUGGAUAGAAGACCUUUCUCUCUCUCUGCCUGUCCUUCUCUCUCUGUGUAACUCUGACUUUCAGAUAAAUAAACUUCAUGAGGGCAAGGGUUCUGUCAUCACUAUAGCACCUGUGCCUUUGACAAUGCCUAGCCAAAGUAGGUACUCAAUAAAUAUUUGUUGGAUGAAUAAA